AUGAGGAAGCAGAUUCCUAAAUCGUCUCUGCUGACUUUUUUACUUCAAGUUCUGGUCUUUUUGCGAGUAGCAACCGCUGAGGGCCAACAUGUUUGCUUACCCUCAGCUGAUAGCACCCAGGGUUUCAGAGCCAGAGUUUACACCUAUCCCUUGAAUGAUAGAACCGCGGCUAACGAUAAACGGUAUCUCAUGUACGAGUAUCAAACCAAGGCAAAACAACUCUACGAAUGGUACGGCGUAACGGACCAAAAUUUUAACAUGGGAAAAGUCGGCGGAGUUCAGUACGGAGAACUUUAUGGCCAUACCAUAACUAUUACCAAUUUUACUCUCGAGCUGGUCGGAUAUUACAAAGCUCCUCAAACAGGUAAAUACACCUUAGGACUGACCAAUACUGACGAUGGCGCGAUGCUGAUGUUUGACAAUGACGGGGCUUUUAAGUGCUGUCAAUCUGAACAAAACAGUCAAAACACCUCCGAUAUCGCCUUGUAUCAGUUUUAUACACAGGGUGCCGUUAAACAAAGCUACAACUUAGUUGAAGGUCAGUACUAUCCAAUAAGAAUUACCUACGCUAAUGCUUUACAACUCGCAAAGCUCCAGUUAUCUGCGACUCUUCCUGAUGGAACUGUUAAGACGACUUUUGAAGAGGUAUAUUACUUUGCAGACAAUUCAGAUGUAUCGAGCGAUUGUAGCGCUGUGUUGACAACCCAGCAGUAUACAGGCACUACAGUGUCAACUUCUACAAGCCCGGGCCCCACAACUACGGUUUACGUUUACUAUCCUUACUCUUCAAUUGUCAGCACCUACACAGGCUCUACCGACAGUACCUCAUAUUUGACAAACUCCCAAGGAUCAACCACUGCGAAAGAGAUCUUUGUUACAUCUCAGGCGACGCCAACAACAACUGUCCCCUGGACCGGGAGCUCUAGUUCCACCAGCUUUGUCACGAACAGUGCCUCCAAAACUACGGGGGCCAUUGUUUAUGCGCCUAUCUCAACCGUCACAACGGCCUGGACUGGAAAAACCACCCGCACUUCUUAUGCUACGAACAACGCUGGAAAAACGUCCGAGGUCUUCGUCCUGACACCACUGCCUUCUACGAAGUCAAGCACGAUCCCAUGGACUGGGACAUACAAUAUAUACACCAGGCGCACCGACUCCGAUGGAUACACCACCGAAGUUGAUCUUUUGACUCCCGUUUCGAGGACCACUAUUUCGUGGACGGGAUCCACGACAAGUACCUCUGUGAUAACAGACUCGAGUGGAAACCCAAGUAUCGUUGAGGUGUUUACGCCUAUGAGGCUAAGUACGUCUUACCUUCAGGGAUCUGGUAGUUUGACAAGUACUUUUUCGACAGCCGUAACGGCCUUUACCGGAUCUGAUGGUGCUACCACUACAGAAACGAUUUAUUAUGUCGAGACGCCAGCCGCAGUCACCACCGCUUACACGGCUGGCAACGUUUCGGAUGCGACCACCUACUCCACUGGUGCUACCACGUUCACUGGAUCUGACGGCGAACCUACUACUGCAACAGUCUACUUUGUCGAAACCCCAGCCGUUGUCACAACGGAAUACACUGCUGGUAGUGUAACCGCUGCGACCACCUACUCUACUGGUGCAACCACAUUCACUGGCUCCGAUGGUGAGCCUAUUACUGCAACCGUCUACUAUGUCGAGACACCAGCUGCAGUCACCACCGCUUACACGGCUGGCAACGUUUCGGAUGCGACCACCUUCUCCACUGGUGCCACUACAUUCACCGGAUCUGACGGCAAGCCUACUACUCAAACCGUGUACUAUGUCGAGACACCAGCUGCAGUAACCACCGCUUACACUGCUGGCAAUGUUUCAGCUGCAACCACCUUCUCCACUGGUGCUACCACGUUCACUGGAUCCGAUGGCAAGCCAACAACUCAGACUAUCUACUACGUCGAGACACCAGCCGCAGUAACCACCGCUUACAGCGCUGGCAGUGUUUCAGCUGCGACCACCUACUCUACUGGUGCCACUACAUUCACUGGAUCUGACGGCAAGCCUACUACUCAAACCGUGUACUAUGUCGAGACACCAGCUGCAGUCACCACAGCUUACACUGCUGGCAAUGUUUCAGCUGCGACCACCUUCUCCACUGGUGCCACCACGUUCACUGGCUCCGAUGGCAAGCCAACAACCCAGACUGUAUACUUUGUUGAAACACCAGCUGCAGUCACCACCGCUUACAGCGCUGGCAGUGUAUCGGUAGCAACCACGUAUUCUACUGGUGCAACCACAUUCACUGGAUCUGAUGGCAAGCCAACUACUCAGACUGUCUACUACGUCGAGACUCCAUCUAGUGGCUCUGACGUGUAUACACCAUGGACCGGUAGCUUCACUUCUACCUACUCCACUGCUUUGAGCACCUACACUGGAUCCGAUGGCAAGCCAACAACCCAAACCGUGUACUACGUUGAGACUCCAUCAAGUGGCUCUGACGUGUACACACCAUGGACCGGUAGCUUCACUUCGACCUACUCCACUGCGUUGAGCACCUACACUGGAUCCGAUGGCAAGCCUACUACUCAGACUGUCUACUACGUCGAGACUCCAUCAAGUGGCUCUGACGUGUACACACCAUGGACUGCCAGCUUCACUUCGACCUACUCCACUGCUUUGAGCACCUACACUGGAUCCGAUGGCAAGCCUACUACUCAGACUGUCUACUACGUCGAGACUCCAUCAAGUGGCUCUGAUGUUUACACUCCAUGGACUGGCAGCUUCACAUCCACGUACUCCACUGCCUUGAGCACCUACACUGGAUCUGACGGCAAGCCAACAACCCAAACCGUCUACUACGUAGAGACACCGGCUUUGGAGUCCUCUGUGUUCACAAGAUGGACUGGUCACUUCACCAGCACAUACUCGACCAGUUUUGCGACUUUUACCGACUCAGAUGGUCUUGCUCAUACUCAAACGGUAUACUACAUCGAAACUCCGGUAGCUGCGUUUUACGGCAACUCAUCUAGUUACACCGGCUCAACGCGCUCUCCAGGAAGCACAAUAAAACCAGUCACAUCAUCUGGUUUGCCGGCAAUUACAAAAUCCAGCGCCACCACUAGCCACACAUUGUCACCUUCUUUCGUUCCCUCAUUAUCCAGUUCCCAACCAGGUUCGGUUAUGAGCAGUCAAACUGGAUCUGCCCCCAACUCUUUGAAUCCCGGCUCUGGUUCAGGUUCUUCAUCGAGUUCCUCAACUCGUAGUAUUUCAUUGUCAGAAUCCAGUGCUAAAGUUGUCCCAACUCCCGGCUCAAACUCUGGUUCUGGUUCUAACCCUGGUUCCAACCCUGGCUCUGGAUCUAACCCUGGUUCCAACUCUGGUUCCAGCUCUGGAUCUGGCUCCAACUCUGGUUCCAGCUCUGGAUCUGGCUCCAACUCUGGUUCCAGCUCUGGAUCUGGCUCCAACUCUGGUUCCAGCUCUGGAUCUGGCUCCAACUCUGGUUCCAGCUCUGGAUCUGGCUCGAACUCUGGUCCAGCUCUGGAUCUGGCUCCAACUCUGGUUCCAGCUCUGGAUCCUGGCUCCAACUCUGGUUCCAGCUCUGAUCUGGCUCCACUCUGGUCCACUCUGGUUCCAACCCUGGUUCAACCUGGUUCUAACCCUGGUUCUAACUCUGGAUCUAGCUCUGGAUCUGGCUCAAGCUCCAACUCCGGCUCCAACUCUGGUUCCAACCCUGGCUCCAACUCUGGAUCUAGCUCUGGAUCUGGAUCUAGCUCUGGAUCUGGCUCAAGCUCCAACUCCGGCUCCAACUCUGGUUCCAACCCUGGCUCCAACUCCGGCUCCAACUCUGGUUCCAACCCUGGUUCCAACCCUGGCUCCAACCCUGGUUCUAGCUCCAACUCUGGUUCUGGCUCUAGCUCUGGCUCUGGCUCUGGCUCUGGCUCUACUUCCAAGCUACCACAAGCAACAACGAUUGUUCCCGAAACUAAAGCUUCUAAUUCCGCGGUCAGUACUUCUUCUACCAGAGCUGGCUCCACAGACUCGCCAAACGUUUCGAUCUAUGACGGCGCGGCCAGCAGGAUUGGCUUCAGCCUCUUGUUCGUUCUACCUUUAGCCCUCAUUUAA